CUCGAGGCUGCGCGGUUGUUAGCGCCCUAAACGCGCAAACUACCGGUUCUCAGAAGAGCAGCAGCAGCGGACAUCAGCGCUGUUUGCAUAACACACCACAGCUGAGAGAAUUUUCGCUGCGCGCCAUCGCUGCGCCUCGUAACACAGCACUCAAGAUGGCAGCCGUCGUCGAGUCCGCCAUGCGCGAGCUCCAUGUUUAUGGAUCCACCGCGGCCGAUGUCGCUGAGGGGUCGCCGAAGGCCGAGACCGUCAAGGCGGUUGCGGCGGAGCCGGGCACGCCCGUCGCCGCGGGGAAGGCCGCGGCGGAGUCCACGGCCGAGAAGGCCAAGAAGCAGCGCCGCCGCCGCGGCAACAAGAAGCCCACGGGCAAGGAGAACGUCCCGCCCGCGGGGCCCGUCGACGUCGCCGCCUGUGUGGAAAUCAACCAGUGCGUCGGGUGCACGACAAUUCUUCACUAAGUCAUUUCUCGGCAAUGACGCGGCCGUCCUGGCUCGGUUGAGCGGCGAGGAACCGGCAUCGUCACGCCAUCGAGCAGGCGUCGCGUCGAUGGCGUAAACGCGCCGUAAAAUUUUGAUUUCCACACAGGUCGCCGCGGUCCUCAAGGCGCGCGCCGCGGCCAAGAAGGGCGGCCGCAAGCAGUCGGACGCGCAGAAAGCGGCGCUCGCCAACGCCAAGGCGCGGCCGGCGCAGAAGAAGAAAGUAACUAAGGGUAGACAGGUGGCCGAUCCCGGAUGUAAUGGUUAUUGACGCGGUCCCUUCGCGGUUUGAGUGGGUUGUGUGAGGUCGUUUCCUAGAAUGGUGGCGGUGGGUGGUUUUUUAUGCGAUUUGGAGUGAAUUCGGGCGCGAUGCGGGGUCGCGGGCGGGCCUCGGCGGGAUCGGGGCGAAUGAAGGUGCUGGAGCGGUCGCGCGCGGUCCCGGGGUCGCCCUCGACGCCGUCGCCGCGGCGGCGGUGUUUCGGAUGCGCUGGAGGGGCCUCGGGAGGGCUGCCCGCGGGGGCCCCAGAGCUCUAGCUCUAACUAGUUGUUCGACUGCAA